AUGAUUUCGACACGACAGAUAUAUAAUUCAGACCUAGAAUUCUUCAGACGAAAUGACCGAGGCACUCAUAUGCCAUUGAGCCAAACCCGUCAUAUUCCGGAUCAUUAUGAGACACCCGGUCAUCUCAGCAGCCGCACCACACCAUCUUCAGAGCCAGAUAGCCGGUCGGCGAGUGGGUCAAGAAAGCGUGUUCCAGUUGCAUGUGAAAGAUGUCGAAAGCGCAAGAUCAAAUGCAGCGGUAAUGAAGGGGACAAUCAGAGUUGUGCGAACUGCCGGAACGCUGGCCAUGGAGACUCUUGUCGCUUUCUACGAGUUGCGUCGAUUGAUGCAGGCUCGUUCGGUUUUCGAGGCUGGCACUCACCACAUCGAUAUUCACCUUAUUCGCUGCCCUCAAAUCAUCGCUUAAACUACGUGCCAUUAUCCUCAAGAUACACCCCCCAGAGUUCGGUCCAAUAUCCUGCUGUCCAUCCAGGCAUCGAUUAUGCCGGAUACGCCACGCCUAGCCCGAGUGUCGACUGGGCCAGAGCAUCUUAUGUCGGCUCAUAUUCCCCAUAUCCUGAUGAUGAAGAGACGAGCCCCUACAGCGCUCAUCCGCCUCCUUACAUCCUUCCAAACACAGAUCCGAUGUCGACAGCAAAUGGCUACUAUGUGCAUGCACAGAAUGUGCGACCACAUCCUGGUGCACUCUGGACAGAGCAGCAACACUGUAUUUCACAGCAGGGCUCUCAUUUGCCCACAUCCGCUUAUUCAGUCGUCACGGAACCUCAACAAUCAUAUCAUGCGUCCGGAGUUGCUGGGAACCUUCCAUCCGACCGAAUUCUGCCAACACCAGUCACUGCUCGCAGCAUUAUUUCGACACAACAAAAUUCUCUGGACUGUAUUCCCAAUUCUGUAUCAACCCCGCGAAGCUCUGGGUACUGGCCUUCUGACUCUGCUACCUCAGCACAACAUAUUCCUGAUCAAGUUGACAGCAAUGCAAGUCAAGAACAGUCAGACGAGAGGAGAUGUGCAGCCUACAACAUUCAAGAUAUGACCUACAAUCACCUGACAAUGGGAAAUGGUCUUCCAACCAGCUCUGUACCAGCUGGGCUUCGACUCAAUGUCGAUGAGACUCAUACCUCUCCAGUAACCGCCCAUACCGGAAGUAUCCAGGCUCAGCAUUGCGAUUCCAGGAAAUCUUCUCGUGAGAGUCCCCAGGCCAACCCAGACAACACAUCUAUCGCAUAUGGGUACACGGGAUUGAUGGCAGGCCACAGCUCACAGAUGAGGAGCACUUCAGGUCAACUCUCGAACGGAUCCUUGUAUCGCCGCACCCAACCAAUGGUGACACGAAGAGAGCCAGUCCCGGAAGAAUGCAGUCCCGACUGUUCAGGAUGUCCCACGGAUUCAAGUCGAGGCUCGGUCGCAUCCAUCAGCAAUACGUCGUCCGGAUAUUGA